AUGGCUGAUCACUCAAUCUUCCCUGCGCCAUCUGUACGAGAUCUCCUUGAGCGGCUGAACCUUCAUGUCAAUGAGCCGGAGCCCACCAUUAUCUGUUGUACAUGCCAAUUUGCUCUAAAUGGGAUCAAUUCUUUGGCGGAUCAUGUGGUAGAGAAACACAAACUCCCAAAGUCUUUGGCAAAAGAGGCGUCCCGACAGCUGAGACCAUAUACUAUUCUGGGGCCGAAGGAGCUGAGGCUGCGACCGGAUCAUUCUCUCCCUCACCCUCAUCUCUCCAAGCAUCUCGGGGUCAAGUGCAAGCAUUGCGAACUCAAAACAACAAGCACUGAAGUUCUAAGCCGCCACCUCUCGAAGGAACAUGGCAUAAAGCGGAAGACAGCGGCAUGGCGUGGCGAGCAUGCAGUUAAUAGCCUUAUGCUCCAAAGCUGGGACCGAAACGGAGCGUACGGAUACUGGAUCGUAACAGAAGAGGAUCGCUCAGUGCCGAUUAGCAGCUCUUUUGAUAACAGCCUGCUACAGCAAUCUGUGCCACGCAUGCAGCGCCUCGAACAGCUACAUCGUGACGAGCUCGUACGCAUCAGGGGUCAGUUAAAAGGAUCAAGCAUCGAUACCAGCAGCCCUGACAUGGCUCUCAACACAAACUGGAUGCGGCGCACUCAGUGGGCCGAGACCUUUGUUGGCGCCGAUCGGAAACUUCUUGUGCAGCUUGCCCAGAUCCCGUGUGGUACCGGGGAGAACCUGGAAAUAGGAAUCCAUGACGGCACGGCCAUAUUUAGCAGCAAAGAAGAUGAGUUUAAACUUCGCCAUAUAGUCACUACUCUAGAUCGCGUCUUUGAUCGCUGUGAAGACACUGUUCGCCAUACUGACGUCUCCAUUCGCUGUUUGCUCCGCAGCUCGUACCCGGACCGUACCUAUAAAGCGCCUUUUGAGCUAGUCGGUCGCAAGGCAACCACUCAAGGAUACAGAAGGCUCUUCAAGAAGGCCGUGUGCUUUUGCGUGCGCUUCUGGAGAUUGGGCGAGCCUGUAAGACAAAAUCUCCUACGGAGAUCUUUGACAGAUGCACAAGAUCAGGCACUGAAGCAGCUGUGGCAUGAUGAGAUAUGGGCAAGGAUGCCCGAAGCCCAAGGGAAGGAGUCGCAACUCUAUCCACCCGAGUCAGAGCCCGCUACUCCAGGCGACCUUGGAUGGUUGUCGGACGAUGACUUUGACGAGAUUGCAUCAACCAUCACAGAUAACAGUGUUGAAGAGUUGGACGGGGAUGAUAUGGAAAGAGCCGUUCAGACUCCGCUAGAAUGCGUGGGUUCAAAUCAGAAAGGCGAAGGGCGCCUUCUUCGUUCGAGGCGCACAAAGCAACCUGCAGUCGAAGACACAGCCUCCAUCCCAGUUGAUUCUGAUAACGAAGGCAAUCCUGAAGCUCAAGAAGAUACGACAAACGCAGAGUGGACUAAUGUGCUAGAAGAUUUGUCAGCCAUGAUAUACUGUGUGAGAAUGAUCAUUCUUGAAGCCACUCUUCCUCGAUUCGCUCAUGUCCGCUUGGGGUGGACGGCCAGGCCACGACGCGGGCAGAGUGAUCUCCUUAACGAGGUUCGCAAAAAGACUUUGUGCCUAGGAUCGCCAGCACCAAUGAACGAGCUUCUCAGCCUACGCGAUUAUGGGCGUGUCAUUAGUCGUUCUGACGGUCCGUCGUUUCGUGUGACCUGGAGCGAGGAUGGGCAGGUCGUUUCCUGGGACAACGCACAGCUGUCUAUGGCACAAUUCCGGCAGAUUAGCCACGAUACCCUGCUAGCCGCGUCGCUUUUGUGCAAACAACUAAUGUAUGGCUGGAGUCCGCUAUUCGAUUUGAGUUGCAUACACGAUAAUCUCGCUUGCACUACUGCCGGCUAUUCAUUGGUGACUGAUACGGCAAACGGUCUUGCGGAGUCGUACCUGGACUUACCUCGCAGGGCUUCUCUUGACACUGUUAGCGGCUUGAUGACAGACAACGACUGGAAUCGCCAAGCCGUUCGUCAGUACUUGGACCAAUACUCCGAAAUGACUGAGUUGGUGAUGUUAUUGGUCUAUCUCGUAGGGGGGCAAGCCCCACGAGUUACCGAGUUGCCGGCUCUUGAGCACUGCAAUGGUCCUUCCACCUCUCGUGGUAUAUGCACGGUAAAUCCCGCCGGGCAACCAACCACGAAUUUAUCGUCGUUAGAUUUCUUCCAGAAGAGGCGGGCAGACUUAUGUACUAUUACCUUGUGUUCAUACGGCCCUUUGCAUGCAUGCUCUAUCGAGCUUGUCUAG